CCCACGGCAAAGUACCUGUCGGCAUGGCGACGGGAGAAGUGGUCAAUUCACGCGCGGAGUAUCGUCUGAAAACAGACAUUGAGCCUCGGAAGCGUCUUCUACUGCUUUACGGGACGUAGCAAAGCAUUCGAGCUGCGCUCUUCGCACCGCAGUCUCAUUCGAGCCAUCUACCAACAGUGCAGGCCUCUUGCGUACAUCAAUCUCUUUACCGCGGACAUUAGGGACUCGUAGACAUCUUCGGGAUUCAGCAUGUCUCGGCCACCACCGCGCCCCAUAAAGCGCCUCCUUGUGGUCAACAGAGGCGAAAUCGCAACGCGAAUCAUCUCUACAGCCCGGGAGCUCGACAUAGAAACCUACGCCAUCCAUGUCCUCGGGGAUUCCUCACAUGCCGUGAGAGCGGCCCUACCAAUCGAGCUGCCUUCUGCAGCCGCCUUUAUGAACAUCGAUGCACUCAUCAACAUUGCGAAGAAGCAUGGCAUUGAUGCUGUCCAUCCGGGCUAUGGCUUUCUUUCUGAGUCAGCAGUGUUUGCGAAGAGAAUGUGGGAAGAGGCUGGGGCGGUUGUGGUGGGACCUGGAUGGGGGAUUUUGGAGAGUACGGGGGAUAAGCUGAAGGCGAGGCUGUUGGCGGGAAGCUGCAACGUCCCCGUAUCCCCAGCAUUACAAAGGCCUACCAACAACGCCGAAGACGUACGGCAGUUCGCUGCCGAAAUCGGCUACCCCAUCAUGGUUAAAGCGGUUGAUGGUGGCGGUGGACGAGGCAUUCGCCUCAUCCGCAGCGAGGAAGCACUUGCAUCAUCUGUUAAGAGAGCAGUAGAAGAAAGCCCGUCGAAGCUGCUCUUCGCCGAAAAGGCGGCAGUCGAUGGCUUUCGGCACGUCGAAGUUCAAAUUAUCGGCGAUGGACGUGGCAACGUGACGCAUCUCUGGGAACGAGAGUGUAGUAUUCAGAGGCGAUAUCAGAAAAUCGUGGAGGUUGCGCCAAGUACAGUCACGGAUCGCAAGCUAGUCGCCAGAGUUAUUGAUGAUGCGAUAACGAUGGCGAAACAUAUUCGUUACUUCUCCCUUGGGACUUUCGAAUUCCUCGUCAACCCAACGACAAAAGAAUACUACUUCCUAGAAGUGAAUCCUCGCCUGCAGGUCGAGCACACAAUCACAGAAUCCAUCUCGACGACAGACAUCGUAAAAACGCAGCUCCUUCUCGCUCAGGGCGCAGGCCUCAGCGACUGCGGGUUACCGACUGCUCAGCGAAACCCCCAAGUGCCUCCUCUCGCGUGCUCUAUCCAGCUACGAAUUACCGCCGAGAAUGUGCAAAGCGACUGGACACUAUCUAUUGGCAAGGUCACGUCCUUCCAAUUUCCUACAGGUAACGGCAUCCGAGUCGACACACAUCUUGUCAAUGGUCACUCUUCCGUCGUGUCCGCCGACUUCGACAGUCUUAUCGCGAAACUCGUUAUUACCGCGUCGUCCUGGCCGGACGCUGUCAAGAAGGCUCGACGGGCAUUAGACGACACACAAAUCUCCGGCGUUAAGACGAACUUGGAUGUGCUCCGCGCCAUCGUCGCGCACGCCGAUUUCAUGGAAGGAAAAUGCGACACGCAAUGGCUAGAAAGCAAACAACAAGAGCUCCUGGCGCAAGGCCAACGGAUAUCCGCCGCUAGCUCAUCCGUACUCUGUGCAGAAACCACGACGUCCUCUGGGCCAGUAAUUGCGACUGCGAACACACUCUUCCGAAAGGGAGAUGCAUGGUCCAUCACUCUAGCCUCGCUAGAUGACACCAAGACCAGCAGCAGCCAGACUCUUCCACCGUACCACCUUGAGCUCACACGUGUUCUUCGCAACGACUUUCCAAGCUCUCUGUCCGCCGAGGUACUCUUCACUACGCCUUCCUCAUCAGCGAACACUCACCCCAAAACAACACCCUACGCCAUCACGCUCACAAGCACAUCUGCCAGCGCGUCAGCAGCGACAUCACAUCACCGGCGCGCUCAUCCAUCCAAUCCAUCGCAUAUCGGCAUUCCAUUCCCGGGCAAGCUAGUUGAGGUGCUGGUAGACGAAGGCGAUGUGGUGAAGGAGGGAGAUGUAAUUUGCGUAGUUCAGCAGAUGAAGAUGGAGCUUGAAGUACGAACGCCGAGAAGCGGGAAGGUUACGUGGAUCACCGAGGCUGAAGAUGGAGAAGAGGUUGGUGAGGGCACUCUGGCCGCGAUCGUUGAGAGCGAGAAAGAGGCUCGACUGUGAGCGAAUUGCAUAUACAUUAUCAGGCCCCUGUC